UUCAUAAUUUACACUCUAAACGUUUAAGUUUUAGCGUUUUAUGAGUAUGCUAAAUUUGUUAAAUAAUACAAAUUUACAUUAAAUGGGAUCAUAAAAAGAAUGAUAUUUGUGGGAAAAGUUGAAAUUACGUAAUAGUUUUGUUUGCAUUGAUGACAUUAGGUGACAGAAAUAAAGUCGUUAAUUUUUAUCCGACUGUAUAUUCAACAGAGUAUGAUAGAAGUUUUAACAACCAAACAAACACACAUUCCAGAAAUGAGAACAUAGAGGCUCCACAAGGAAUUCUUAAAAAUAACAAAGAAAAGAUUACAAAAGUCCCAUUAAAAGAUAAUUUAAAACAUCCUGUUGAUUCAAAUACUCCAAAGAAGCAUCGCAAACAUCACCUACGUCAUCAUCAUAAGACAAAAUCUUCUUUACCUAAAACUCCAGACCUAUCAUAUGGUAAAUCAAGCUCACAUAAAUCCUCACAUGAACAGAAAGAUUCUAAAACUCAAAAUCUAAAUAUUUUGUUAACAGCUGGCAUUCCUUCUGCUAAGUUUACCUACUCUCCAUAUAUUCAAAAAAAAAGAGUUGUUCCUCAUCAAGGAGAUUGUAUUUUAUUGGGAGAUAAUAUGGCAUUUGAUGGAUAUCUUAAGCAAGAUGACAGCUUACAUCGUUACAUGCGAACUGAUCUGGUAAAUGAUGCUUAUCAGCCAGAACCUUGUCUUCAAAAGAAAAGGAUUACUUUGUACAAAAAUAAUCAUAACAUUUUGUGUACAUAUACAACAAAAGAACUCAGUAGUCCAGUUGUUUUACCAACUUAUUCUAAAAAUGUUUUAGCUGAACCUUUUUUUCAGAAAGGUCGUAAAAAAUUUCUAAGUAGUUAUAAAAAUGAAGAAGACAAAAAAAACAUUUCUGAUAGCUGUCUGAAUCUAUAUCUUGAGGGGAUUGAAGAUCUUUCAACAUCAAAAACAAAAGAAAUAAUGUCUCAGUACCAUGCUCAUAAAGUCAAUUGUUUUCCUGGCCAAUAUCUUACAACUUAUAAUCAUGAUUAUUCCCCUAAAUUGAAAAAGUUGUCUCCAGUCCUUGCUGCAGAUUUAAUGUUGCGAGAGAACAAAAAGUCAUCAGAUAAAGAUGAUAAAUUGUCUUCUAUAAAGAAUUCAGCAAAGAGAAAUGAAUUCUUAUAUUCACCUAAAGAGAAAUGCAAUAAAUCUUUGGAAACAGCAGAUCAACCUUAUAUGGCUGAAAAUUAUGAUGAUGAUUUCAUUGAGUACUAUCGUCGGAUUUUAGAAGAUCGCUAUUAUAGUUAUCAUCCUUUCUUAUUACAUAAAAUCAAUCAAGAAAGAGAAAAUGCAUCGAUUAACUUAAGUAAAAGUUGUAAGGAUGAAGACAAAAAUCCAGAUAACAAAGUGAAUUUGACCACGGAAAAUCAAGAAGUAGUUGAUCAUAAAAAUACGACUGUUUCAAACGGAAGUGACAGUUCUUCGUCAAAACAAUCUUUAUUUAAAAAAAAGACUAAAGACUCUGUUUGCAGUUGCUCCUCGUACGAUAGUCGUUACUCUCUUAAUUAUGAUCCUUCGCUUUAUUCUGACUCGGCAUAAUUAAAUGUCGAGUUUUUUUUUGCACAUCAGGAAAAAUAAUUCAACAUUCUUUUGAAAAAACAAAAUUUUAUUUAUUUAUUUAA